AUUGCACGGCGCGGAGGCCGAGGAUUUCGCCUGGGAGCCUCCGACCGAAGCUGAGACGAAGGUGCUGCAGGCGCGACGGGAGCGGCAGGAUCGCAUCUCCCGGCUCAUGGGCGACUACCUGCUCCGUGGUUACCGCAUGCUGGGCGACACGUGCGCGGACUGCGGGACGAUCCUCCUCCAGGAUAAACAGCGGAAAAUCUACUGCGUGGCUUGUCAGGAGCUCGACUCAGACGUGGAUAAAGACAACCCGGCCCUGAACGCACAGGCGGCCCUCUCUCAAGCUCGGGAACACCAGCUGGCCACGGCUGCAGAGGCUGCCACGGCCUCUCGGCCCACAUCCCAGCCCCCAGUCCCCCGCCCAGAGCACUGUGAGGGGGCUGCAGCGGGCCUCAAGGCAUCCCAGGGGCCUCCCCUUUCUGCUGCAGCUCCGAAUGCAGAUGUGGUGGCGUCCACACAGUCAGCCCUCCUGCAGAAGCUAACCUGGGCUUCCGUUGAGCUGGGCUCUAGCAGCUCCUUGGAGACUAGUAUCCAGCUGCGUGGGCUCAUCCGGGCUUGUGCGGAUGCGCUGGGCAGCCUGAAGCAGCUGGAGCACUGAGACCUAUCCCCCCUCCCCCCACCCCCUUCCCCCGAGA